AUGAAACUCUCAAGUCUAAUAUUUUUGGGAAUAUUCGGAGUGGUAAAUGGAAUAAAUCCGGUGAGAAAAUCAAAAAAUCAAACUACUUAUAGAGGAAAGAUAUGGAUUUUUUAAGGAAAAGGUGUCAUUUUCAUCAAUUUUUUUACAAUUUCAGUAUGUUACGGUAAUUUUUGAGGAAAAUCAAUGUCAUUUCUGAGUUUUCCGGGGCGUACUACCUAUAUAGACACAGUUUUUGUUUUCGAAAAAAUAGAUUUUUCAAAAAAAUUUGAUCAAUUUUUGUCAUGGAUAACAUGAUUUUUCGUCCAUAGAAAAAUCGAGCAGAACAAAAAAAUAUUCGUUAUAGAAGGGUUUUGUUAUACAGAGGUUAAUUUUGACUUACACUUGACACUUGCAACCUCUUUACAAUAUUAAAAAUUUAUUCGUUAUAGACAGGUUUUCUUGAAAUACAGGGUGGGGCAUCUUUGUAGCCCGAUUUGAAUUUGCUAUAACUUCUUUCGUUUUUGGCCAAAUCUUAAAAUUCUUUUUUUCUCUGAAUCCUCAGACAACCCCAUUUUGUUUGAUACCAAGUAUGUUAUACGUAGCUUAGUGUCAUCUACAGUUAUUGGAUUUUUUUUCUUGGAGGUCAUUUUUUCGGUUGUUUUUUCGGUGUUUCCCGGUGUGUCCGAAAAUGGAGUACGGUGUGAAAGAAAAAUACGGUGGAAUUUCCCCUGCCGAAAAUCGACGAUGAGAAUAAGAACACCAGAAUUCGUCGAAUGGUCCUUGGUGAAGGCAUUCCCUCGGUUCUGGACAAACUUCGUGAAUAAAUCCAAUAACUGUAGAUGACACUUAUUUAUGUAUAACAUAUUUGGUAUCAAACAAAAUGGGGUUGUCUGAGGAUUCAGGGAAAAAAAUAAUUUUAAGAUUUGGCCAAAAACGAAAGAAGUUAUAGCCAAUUCAAAUCGGGCCACAAAGAUGCCCUUCAUUGUGCAGAGGCUCCACUUUUCUUACUUUAUAAUAUUUUUUUCAGAACACCGAGUAUGUCAAAUACAAAGGCGAGCUGAUUGAAGCGGCUAUGAACCGCUCCUACGACCCCUGCGAAGACUUUCCGCGCUAUGCCGGCGAUGGCCUCGUAACAGUCAUAAAGUCCGCCUUCCAAAAACACAAAAUCCAGACCGCAGAGAGGAUUCUGAAAGAAAGAAGUGACAGUGAUGUAAGUUUGGGGCAAAUUUGGUUGUGAUUUGAUAAGAAAGCGAUAGAAAUUCUGACUGGAAUUUUCAGUUUUUUGCUAAAUCACAUUGCACAGUGCGGAUAACAUAAUUUGAGAUUUCGGCGGAGUACAGGAAAUAUAUCGCUGUAAGACAGAUAAAAAUAGCUUGUACAGACAAAGAAAAUAUCUGUCGAUUAUUUCGUAUAUCAUAAAACAAUUUUACAGCCGAAUAAUUUCCAAUACCAUCGACUGCACUGUGCAGGACGAAAAAUCAAAUGUUUGCACUGAACCCGCAAUCUUUAGACCUGAAAGCUUUUUGUUUUUGAGAACGCAUUUUCCUAUCACCCUCUAUUUCAUUUUCCAUUACAUUUUCUUCCUCUGCAACUUUGGAAAAUGCCAAACUUUUCAACGCACGGUGCAAAAAAUAUGUUUUCAAGUUUACGCACUGUGCAAUGUAAUUUGGCCUAAAAAACAUACGUAGUAUGGUGUAAACUGGCUUCCUUUCCUUAUCCAUCACUUUUUAUUCUAGUACUCACCUUUACAAACAGCCAAAAAGUUGAAAAAAUUUUGCACGGUGCAAAAAUUUGAAUUUUGAUUUGCGCACUGUGCAGCUAAUUUUUAGAUCUCUAAACAAAGAAAUAGUAUUGGCAGAAGCAGUUUUGCAAUAUCGUAGUAAUUUUUAUCUCGUUACCUUCUACCAUGAAUCUUUAAACAAGUCAAAAAGUGAUUGCACGGUGCAAAAACUUAUUUUUUUAUUUCUGCGCUGUGCAUUCAAGACUUUCAAAAAAAUCGAAAAAAAAGCUUUUAACUAAAGUCUAUACUUUUGCUUUGAUCAAUUUUUACCCCUAUAUCUUCAGCCCGCACCCAUCAAAACGAUCAAAGAUUUCUACGCACAGUGCGAGAGCAACACGACUCUGCUAAACAUUGACCGCAACCCGGGGCCCGGAGAUACCACCGACGAACGCAAUGACAAUUAUCGUAUCCUCUAUAACUUCUAUAGUAAAGCCGCGUUCAGUGACGAGGAUGCAUUUAACGACAUUUAUGUCAAAGUUAUUUCCUGGACUUUCAAGUAUGGUCUCCCCGACUUCUGGAUGCAUUUUGGGCAUCUUGUCGAGUACGGACCGCCGCCAACUAUGAAAGGCAUGAAUGGAACUUGUUACGAGGCUGUUGCUGACCCAGCAAAACGAGCCAAAUUGUGCGAUACGAUGGCACAGAGGAUUUUUGGGAUCCCCGGGUUUAUUCCGAGCUUCCUCAAUAUUUAUUAUCCGAGUAGUACAGAGGUAAAUGGUUUUAUGGCAUGCCAAGACCAUCUUUUUUAUGUAAAAAAUAUAUUUUUUUUAUUUUUACUAUUGCACUGUGCAAAAAUUAAAAUUUAUGAUUUCGCACGGUGCAAAAUUCGGCGAUUGAUUUUUCGCACUGUGCAAUGCCAAUACACAUCAAUUUUGCAAAGCCAUGCGUUCAAUUUUGGCAAAAAAAAGUAUAUGUUGUUUCUGAGGACCUUUUGGGCAUUCACAACGCCAUCUGUAACAAUCAAAAUGGUUGCACUGUGCGAAAAACGAAAUUUAGAUAUUUCUGCACUGUGCAAUGCAAAUUUUUGACUUUCGUAAAAAGAAACACGUUUUAAAUUCUAAACCACACGCACAUUUCGUAUUUUAAGCCGUUAACUCGGUGGCCCAGUGCCGUAUUUGGCCAUCAAACCGAUUGCACAGUGCAGAAAAUAAGGUACCAAAUUUUGCACUGUGCAAAGCAAAAAAAUUUUUUUGGCGUUGUUUGUAAGAAAUAUUAGGACAAACUCUAUGUUAACUUUCAGGGUGACGCCCGUCGACAGCUUUUGGCGUAUUUUAUCGACAGCAUGAGAGAGAGGAAAAUAGACCCUUACGGGUCUUGUGCCGAGAUGGUCAGGGAUCUCUUCCCAAUGCAUUACAAGUUCAUGCUGCUUGAUUACGAGUUUCCUCCACCGAAAGGUAAGCGGGAAAAGAGAUUUUUGCUUUGAGUUUUGCAGCGGGCAAAAUUUGAAUUUUUUUUUUGGCAAUGUGUAAAACACAGGAGCAAUUUUUUGCACAGUGCGUUACGAAAAACAAGUUUUUUUCGCACUGUGCAAAAUUCAAAAAACCUUCUUUUGCACCGUGCCGAAUUUUGAAAAAAAGUGUUUUGCACUGUGCAAAAUUUCAAAAAUUUUUUUUUCCACUGUGCAAAAUUCAAAAAUCCGUCUUUGCACCGUGCGGAAAAAAAUUUAUUGCACCGUGCAAAAUUCAAAAAACCUUCUUUUGCACCGUGCCGAAUUUUGAAAAAAAUUGUUUUGCACUGUGCAAAAUUUUAAAAAAAUUCGCUGUUUCACUGUGCAAAAUUUCAAAAAAUUUUUUUUCCACUGUGCAAAAUUCAAAAAUCCGUCUUUGCACUGUGCAAAAAAAAUAUUGCACAGUGCAAAAUUUGAAACUCAAUGUUUCGCACUGUGCAAAAUUGAAAAAUUCGUCCUUGCACAGUGCAAAAUUUGAAAAUUGUUUUUUUUCGAAUUUUGCAAAAACUUUUUCAAACUCAAAAAAAAUUUUUUUAAUUUUUUCUACUUUCAGGUCAGGAAGAAAUCGACCAGACCGUCCUCGAAUACAUGACGGCAAUUGUCGAGGAUUACGAGGCCACAUAUCGUUGGCUGAAUGUCAGCGACGCCGAGAAGAAGCGACAAAUCGAUUACGUCCGCAAUCGACUGAAAUUCGAAAAAUUCAGUCAUCCGAUUUUCGAGAAGGACACUUUCACCAAAUAUUUCGGCAAUUUGGACAUGAGUAUGCCCUACAGAAGACGCCAUCAGAACAAUUACUUGCCGCUGUUGAAGUAUAAUAUCGAGAAGAGAUUGAAUAUGUUCUGGACACCGCCGUUGGAUGUGAGUUUGAAAAUAUGUAUGGAAAUAUGAGCACUGGAAGUUAAAAUUUUGAAUUUUUAGAUGAAAAAUUUGAAAAUUUAUCUUUUGCACCGUGUACCAUUAAAAGCCAAAAAAAAAUUCUUUGCACUGUGCAAAAUUUAAGAUUUUUUUUUAAAUUUUUUCUUUUUUUAUGAUUUUCAAGUUUGUUUCUUGCACCGUGCAAAAUUUCGAGUUUAUUUUUUGCACAGUGCACCGUGAAUACCCCAAAAAAAUGUCUUUCACAGUGCAGAAUUUAAAAAUUUCUUCACUGUCAAAAAAUUUUUUUUCUGCACUGUGCAAAAUCAAAAAAAAAAAUCUGCGCGAUGCAAAAUUCAGCAAAAAUAUUUUUUCGCACCGUGCGAUUUUUCGAUAUUAUUUUUUGCACCGUGCAAAAUUUAGCAGAAAUAUUUUUUUGCACGGUGCAAAAUUCAGCGAAAAUUUUUGCACCGUGCAAAAUUUCGAGUUUAUUUUUUGCACAGUGCAGUUUGAAAACCACAAAAAAAUGUCUUUCACAGUGCUGAAUUUAAAAAUUUUUUCACUGUCAAAAAACCAAAAAAAUGUUUUUUUCUGCACUGUGCAAAAUCAAAAAAAAAAAAAAAUCUGCGCGGUGCAAGAUUCAGCAAAAAUAUUUUUUCGCACCGUGCGAUUUUUCGAUAUUAUUUUUUGCACCGUGCAAAAUUUAGCAGAAAUAUUUUUUUGCACUGUAUUCAGCGAAAAUUUUUGCACCGUGCGAAAUUCUGAAUUAAUUUUUCGCACCGUGCAAAAUUCAGCGAAAAUUUUUGCACUGUGCGAAAUUCCAAAUUUAUAAAUAUUUUUUUGCACGGUGCAAAAUUCAAUAAACAUAUUUUUUGCACUGUGCGAAAUUCCAAAUUUAUUUUUUUGCACUGUGCAAAAUUUAAAACGACUAAUUUUUUUAGGCUCAUACAGAACGAAUGGAAGUUGGUGACAAAACUUAUGUCGGCUUUGGAUGGGAAGCAGUGACCUGGCCAUUCUUUGCGACGUCUCUUCAGCCGUCCUUGGCGUUUUCAAACUUUGUCUUCGCUUUUCAAGAUGAGGCGGGUGAGUUGGUUUUUGUUUUUGAAAAAAAAAUUUUUUGUCGUUUUGCACAGUGCAGAAAACGUGGUUUUGAAAUUUUUGCACAGUGCAAGCAAAAAAACCUAAAUUUUGCACUGUGCAAAAAAAAUAAAAAAUUUUUUUUUCUGUGCAUUAUCCAAAAAUUUUUUUUUCACUGUGCAUAAUUUUUCUAAAAAAAAUUAUUUUUGCACUGUGCAGAAUCCAAAAAAAUAAAAAAAAUUGACUGCACUGAUUCCACCAUUUUUUUCAGUCAGUCAAAUUGUCCACGACGCCUACGUCCGUCUGAAUGCGAAAGCCGUCCGAAAAACGCGAGUUUCGGGCUCGAUUAUUGACACUUUGUCCGAUGUUCAGCUCUACUUCAUCAAUCUGGCUCAAACAUUGUUGAUUCAGAGGGCCAAAUAUGAUGCAACCACACUCUUCGACGAUAACGACAAGAUUUGGAAACUGUUCAAAUGCCUGAGGCCAUUUUCGAAUGCCUUUAAAUGCGAGCCGGGUACCAAAUACUACCAAGUGGAGGAAUGUCGAGUUCUCAAAGGAAACAUAUUCCCAAAUUACAAUUUGAGUUACUAUGGGCACGACGCGGUCAAAAGAUUCUUUAUGAAUUAA